GUUGAGAUCCACAAUGAUUCCGCGAAGUCAGUUUCGCGCACAUUGUUUACUUGUAGGGGUCCCUAGUCUUAGAUCUUGUAGUUUAAGUAAUUAGAUUUUGAUAUGGUUAAAAUAGUUGAAUUGGUAUUUCGCGUGUGGAUGAUCAGUUUUUUUGCAGAUUUUACCAUGGCUAUCGAAUGUUACACAUGCUCUACAAUUAAGGACCACAAAGCAUGUGAGCAGCCAGAAAAAUACAAUAUCCCAAGGAAACUCUGCAACAAAUCAUCUCUGAACGAUACACUCAACUUAGCUAAGGAAAUAGAUCCUGAUUUCAGAGAAAUAUUCGAGGUAGAACUAAGCGCACUUGAUCCUAUGGAGCCCACGACUUGUUUGAAACAAAUAACUUUAGUGGGUGAAAAGCAUGUUAUCCUGAGGGGAUGCCAACUUCUCGCCUAUUCUGGAAACCUAAACGUCUGUUAUAAAGUGAAGAAACACCAGAGCAACAAUUUGAGGACCACUUUCUGCGAGCUUUGUAACACCAAAGACGGCUGCAAUUCUUCCAAAAACCUCCACUUGAGCUAUGGACUGUUAGUACUCACUCUCCUGACUUGCCUGACAAAUUUCAUCAAUACAUAAAAUGAAAAUGGAAACAGUAGUGUUUAAAACUGCGCUGUAAUUUAAGUUUGAGAUUGACGAUUGUUUUGUAAUGAAACUGAUCUGAGACAGGCUGACUGUGUGCAUUGCACAUCCGAAAAAAAGGGUGGAUGAAAGACUACCCUAUACCUAAGUUUGGGGCACUCGUAAGCUUUGUAGUUUAGAGUUACUGCAAUGAAGAAAUAUCACUUAAGCAAUACUGUGAGAGUUGGUCAAUUCAUAUUCACAUAAGUAGGAGAAAAUAUGAAUUCUGAAAUAAUUUUGUGAAAAUUUCUCAUUGUUUUUCCAUACACAAGUAAGUUUAUCGAAAACAUUAUGAAAUCUCGGUCGUUUGUUUUGUGCCAAAAAGAGCUAGUAGAAUUUUUUUGAAUUCCUACUUGUUGGAAAGUUUCAGCUGAAUAUCGUUCAGUAGAUGAGAACCAACAACAACCAACAAUUAUUUUUAUCUCGUAAUCAUGACUUUUGUCGUCUUUUGAGUCAACUGAUAGUUCAGAAUCAUAUGACUGAUGCAAAUUUAUAUAUUUGAGAGAUGCCGAGUUUUCCUAGUUUUUUUGUUCCGUUUCUCAAUCCCAACCAGAGAGAGUGAAACACUGUCAUUUGUAAGAUUUUGUUAGAUUAUCAAGUCUUCAAAAUUGACCAUCCCGAUCAGGCUAUAUGGUGUGGGUUCACGCAAAGCUCUUAAGAAUUAUAAGACCUAAGAAAUUGACCGUCAAAUGGGCAGUUGGCAAACCCGUGUAAGCCAUCUGAUUGGUCCCUUUCUUAGGUCUUAGUAACGCUGUUUUUAACAAUUAGAGACUAUACCUAUAUAUAAUAUAUAUAAUAGGCUUGACAAACAUCGUGCUUGCUUUCGUAUUUUUUCAAGGUUUUCGAUAU